AUGAAGGCUUGGGGCGAGGACAUGGGCAAAUACAGCUGCCUGUUAUCGAACGCAGCGGGUAAUGGGACAACGAACGGGACGAUCGACGUCAAUAUCUUGUAUAAACCCCAAGUCCGACUCAUCAUGAGCCCGCGGAGCCCCAUCUUGGAAACCGAGCACAGAAACGUGACCCUUAUUUGCGAGGUGGUAUCAGGAAACCCAUCUACCCUAGAUGAGGUCAUAUGGUAUCUCGAUAACGAGGUGCUGAAACAUCUGCCGGAAUGUAAUGAUACAAACGACAGCUUCUGCAACGACGUGGACCCCUCGAUGCUCCUCUUGCAGGACACGACUAAAAGCUUUCACGGAAAUUACUCCUGUAAAGGCAAGAACUCCGUUGGCUGGGGCAGUGAAAGUGCGAAGACAGAGCUGAUAGUCAAUUAUCCACCGGGCCCCGCCAAGCUCACGUACUUCCCGUGGCGAAUCAUCAAGGGCCAGUCCUUGGAAUUAACCUGUACUGUAGAAGAGAAGGGCAGGCCCGAAUCUAUUAGGAUCCGCUGGCACCGAGAUGGACGACUUGUCAGCGACGUAGUGACGGACAGCUGGACCAUCGACCCUGUGACGCUCGACCACCGCGCCAACUUCUCGUGCCGUGGGAACAACUCGGCCGGCGAGGGGCCCCCAGCCUACGCCGCCAUCGACGUUUUGGCGCCACCAAGCUUUAAAUACGCCAUGAACCAAUACAGCGGUGCGCUGUACAGAUCUCAGGACAUAUCACUCUCAUGCACAGUGGAGUGCGCGCCUCUGUGCAGCGUGCAAUGGCUGAAAGACGGACAAGUCAUUGACCUCGAGAAGACCGACAGGUACUACGUGGUGGAGAGGAAUAUAGAGCCGCAGGUGAACAGGAACGACUUCGAAGCGACAGAAUCAACUUUGCACUGGAACAUGUCCGCUUGGGCGGGAGGCGUGCUGUCGCGCGCGGCCGACGGGGCGAGAUACACUUGCCGCUCUUCGCGCAACGCCGCCGGCCCCUCUGUCAAUAGCACCACCACGUUUGCAGUGGAAUACGAACCUGAAAACAUCACCGUCACGCCGCAAGUUGUAUCCGUAGUUGAAAACAAGAUUCCAGGGAAAGUUGUAUGCUCGGCUAAAGGCUUCCCGAUGCCCAACUACUCGUGGCAGCGGGAACAGCCCGUUAAAGGCCAGGGCGAGGAGCACGCGAGACCAACGCUAAUACUCUCAACGUCCAGUACCCUGCUUCUCGGCCCCGUGACCAGGAAGGACGCCGGUCGCUACGUCUGCGAAGCGUAUAACAAACACGGCAAAGUAAACAGCACCGUCUACCUGGACGUAACGUUUGUACCGGAAUGCGGUAUAAAGCAAAUCGAGAAGGAUGGAGAGCAGGUGCUGGCCUGCACCGCCAACUCAAACCCGGCAGAGGUGACCUUCUCCUGGAGGCUGAAGAACGAAAAUGACAGCCUAACAGAUGAGAGGAUCUGGCAGUCGGGCUCACAGAGCUUCCUACGACUGAACCGUAGUAUACCCCACUACCGCACCUACAACUGUUACGCGGCCAAUUCCGUGGGAGUAUCCAAACCCUGCGAGCGAGGUGUAGAAGCCAACCUGGAAAGCAACAGAAAUAGGAUGUGGUGGAGAGAUCAGUACAAGCUUCUUCUAUUCGGUGGUGUCGCUCUAUCCAUCCUGAUAGUGACACUCGUCCUCUGCAUAAUCAUCUUCAGGUGUAGAAGGAUAAAGAACAAAUCUAAAUAUGUAGACAACAAUCCCAUGGAGCUUGAUGAACGUGUAAAGUUCCUAACCGAUCCAACUCCAGAUGUUCUCAGACUGACUACGAUCCAUCCAUCAGGCCAGCUUGUGAAUUUCGUAGACAAUAUAACAAAUGGAAACCCGGGAGCGGAAAACCCUGUUAUCUACGAGAAUCUACCGUUCCACAGCGUCCAACAACCACCAAAUCAGAACAUUAACACACUGAAGAAGCAAUAUAUCUCAAUGAAAAACCUAUCUACUAACGUAAACACAAAUAGAAAUAACCAGAAGAAUUUCGAAAUACCGCUGCAGCACCCCAGCUCCUAUUACAUAAAGCAAAUCGACAAAUGGGCCCCAUCUGACCAGAAGAAGUCUUGUAACCCAACUAUCGGACCGAUCAUAUGGCAGACUGGCGAUGAGCCACAUUGCACGAAAACUUUAAACAGGACUAGAAAAAAGAACAAUAAAAAGUUGAAUCGCAUGAAGAGAUCCGAGAGUCUAAAAGAUAAGUUGUCUUACGUAGGUGUUUAUAACAAUUACGAGAGACCAAACUACCACGUACCUGAGAACGACGAAUCCAGGGGGAAAUCCUACUUACAGCUCCAAGAUCAAAACUGCGCCGUCAACUUCAACACGCUAGGUCCAAAAGGGGAGUGGUCCAAGCACAAAAAGCACGACCUGGCUUUAGAUAACCACAAUAUGAAAUUCAAGAACACAGUCAACUCGAACAAACAUCGUUACGAUGGCUUCCCUGUAGUGGAAACCGGUAUUAAUAAAAUUACUAACAGUAGCUAUAAAACCAGCGUAACGAGCAGUCAGAGGAAACGAAUGCAGAAUAGCGAUCGUGCUAAUGUAACAUUCGGCGAAAUUGACAUC